UUGUCUCGUUGCGUGUCUGCUCCCGAUUUAUAUGCUGACGGGUUGGUGUGUGAUAGUUUCAAAAAUAAUCAUCCCCUAAACACUAAACGCGCCAAACACACAUCACUUUCCCCAACCUGUCACACGCACCAGCGCACGAGGAUGGACUAAAUGAAUGGGGAGAGAGGAAGAGGAAGUGCGAGAAGAUUGAGAUGGUCCUUGUUUUUUUUUUUUUGGUGAUCUAUGUUGAUUAAACUUCGUAUUGACUUUGUUCCCAUACCUCGUUGAGUUGCCUCCUUUAAAUGUUGUAACAUUGGUGUCAGAAGUGGGAUUAUAGACGACUCAACGAACGGGAGGUAAGUUAGUAAUGGCUUCCCCUAUUAUGAAACAACUAGACCAACUCUUGAUUAAAGAACUAAAACAAGAGCUUCGGUAUCGAGGUCUAAAGCUUGGUGGUAGCAAGGAGACACUUACAGCUCGUCUCCGGCAGGCCCUGAUUGAGGAAGAAGAAGACCUAGACAGUUAUCAAUUCGAAGUAGGGCCAGAUAUAACUGAACUCCUAGGUAAGAUGCAGGAAAAGAUGGAUACACUUGAUAUAGGGAUUAGAACCAUGCAGGACAAAAUAGACACACUGGAUUCAGGGAUCAGGACUGAAUUGGUAUCGAUUAACCAGAAGAUAACCACAAUGGAGGUCACGAUGAACCAGAGAGUCGAUGUGGUAAAAAAAGACAUAGAAAAACUGAAAGUUCAAGUUAGAGAAGGGCUCAGCAAGGCGCCGGUGAGUAAUACAGGAUCAAUGUUACCCGAAGGGCUUGUAAAGAUGAAUACAGGAUCAAUGUUACCCGAAGGGCUUGUAAAGUUGAAACCUCCUGUGUUUGAUGGGUCCGUCUCCUGGUCAGUCUACAGAAGACAGUUUGAGGCAGCUGCUAAGGUUAACAAAUGGGGCAGCGAGGAGGAAAAAGCGACCGCUCUAGUACUGGCCCUUAGAGAAAAGGCUUCCGAAGUACUCCAAUCCAUUCCAAACCAGCAGGAUUAUGUUGCUAUCGUCCAGGCUAUGGAGCUUCGAUACGGGGACGAGCACUUACAGGAAGUUUAUAGGGUCCAGCUGAAGACCAGACAACAGCGGGUCAGUGAAACCCUACAAGAGCUAAAGACGGACAUUGAACGACUUGCCCAUCUGGCAUACCCCACAGCUGCACAGGAGUUCCUCGAAGUAAUCGUCACUGAUGCCUUCAUCGAUGCCGUUCGAGAUCAAGAGCUAAAAAAAAAGUUAUUAAUUAGAGUUAGUGGCAAGCGUAAGGCCAGCGAAGCCCUUGUGUACGCUCUGUCCUAUGAAGCCGCUAAGAACGCAUCCAUCAACAGUCAUCAUGGUAGGAGACAGGAAGUUCAGGAAGAAGAUCUAACACAAGUACUCAGACGGAUGACGGAGGUUCUCGAAGAGUAUAAGCCAAGCCGGUCACAUGGAGCUCAUCAGUUGCUGGAACUUUGGUGAAUCUGGACAUAUACAAAGGAUGUGUAGAAGAACAUCUAAUCAGCAAUAAGCACAGAUCAGAAACGGGUGCAUGGCCUGGAGCCAAUGGCUAUCAGGAAAACUAACAUUAGUCGGCUUCAAGGGGCAGAAACCGGCGAUCCAGGAAAUGGGAGCCCCUGUCAAUGUCACUCCAAUAGCUG